UCCGGUCUGGAGGAAGAGGACGACGCAAACCUACGCUGCGUGUGGGACGACGUCAACACGACACUUGCGUCAGUACGCCCGCGCCGAGUGACCAGGAAGCGAGAGGGCUGACGAUACGACGCUUCAGCUAUGUGUUGGGAAAGGGAGAAUAAGAGCAGGUUUGACUGCAUCCAGUUCCAGUUCCAGUCCCAGUCCCAGCCAUGGUGUGCUGCCCCUCCUGCCCCAGACUGUGCUCCCGCUCGUCGGCCUACACUCUAGCUCUCGGCCUGGGCUUUGUAACCUUGGGGACCAGUCGCAUCCUGCUGCUCAAAUUCUCUGCCAAUGCUGAGAACAAGUAUGACUUCCUCCCCGCGUCUGUCAACCUGCUCGCCGAGGCGCUCAAACUGCUCUUUUGUCUGGUUAUGUCCGUCAGGGUCAUAGUCCGAGAGGGACGACGCUACAGAGAUCUGGGCUGUUCCUCCAGCGCUUCCUUCCUCAGCUCCCUGAAGUGGGCCGUCCCUGCUUUCCUCUACUUUCUCGACAACCUCAUCAUCUUCUAUGUGAUGACCUACCUUCAGCCGGCCAUGGCAGUAUUGUUCUCCAACUUUGUCAUCCUGACCACAGCUGUACUCUUUAGAAUAGUUUUGAAGAGGCGCCUUUCCUGGGUUCAGUGGGCAGCCUUGGUUAUCCUCUUCCUGUCCAUCGUGUCCUUGACGACAGGAUCAGGAGGCAGCCAAAACUCCAUGGCCGUGCCAGUUCUCCACUCAAACCCCCUCUCCACCCCCUCCAACUCCUGCCUACUCUACACACAGCUGCUGGAGCAGAUGAGGAACAGCAGUGCCAGUGAAUUGUGGGUGUCGUCCCUGCCCGGGCAGGCCUGGAGGGACAGGAUAGUAGGGAAGCUUCGAUCUUUGGGUGUGGGUCAUGUCCUGCUCCUUCUCCAGUGCUUCAUCUCCGCCAUGGCCAACAUCUACAAUGAGAAGAUCCUCAAAGAAGGAGACCAGCUCGCUGAGAGCAUCUUCAUUCAGAACAGUAAAUUGUAUGCCUUUGGCGUGGUGUUUAAUGGUCUGACGCUCGGGCUCAGCAGUGAGGCACGAGGCCUCACCGUGCACUGUGGCCUCCUCCAUGGACAUAACCUCUACUCCCUGGUUCUGGUGCUGGUCACGGCUGCCCUGGGUUUAUCUGUGGCUUUCAUCUUGAAAUUCAGAGACAACAUGUUCCAUGUGCUGACAGGCCAGAUCACCACUGUUUUAGUUACCACCCUCUCCUUCUUCCUCUUCAACUUCCACCCUUCGCUGGACUUCUUCCUCCAGGCUCCCACGGUCCUGCUGGCCAUCUUUAUCUACAACGCCAGUCGGCCCAAGGACCUGGAAUACACCCUGCAGCAGGAAAAGCUGCGGGUCAUCAACGGAGAGGUGUUCGAGAGGUCCAGAGGGGAUGGUGAGGAGCUGGAACUCCUGACAAAGCCCAACACGGACAGUGAAUCUGAGGAAGAGUCUUUAUAGCGAUGAUUUAUACAAGACAGAAGAUAUUCCUCUUCACCGUUGCUGAUAUUGAACCGGACAAUAGACCUGUACUCCUGGACGAGCCACGGUCGCAGAUUCUGUCCGUCUAAGCGUUUUCUUUGAAUGACGUGAGCAGGUAAACGGAGAAUGACAGUGUUGAUUUAGUGUGCGACGAAGUCUGCCAGACACUUGUGAUAACCGAGGCUAUUGUGUAUAUUUUGAAAUGUGCCUGUCUGCGUUUGACUGCUGUUAUUCGUACAGCGAGAGGAACACCAGCAUUACGUAUCUGCUAGAAAAGAAUUUUCACUGCAUUUGCCAGUUGGGAUCAUUAAGGGCCUCUGUCAUUUCCUGUGAUGAGUCCUGUUGUAUGUGCAGCUAUCUGACUGCUUGCAGGUAAUUGAGACGUUCAAUGGCCAGCUGUCGCCUUCCAGCCAAUUUUAUGAUUGUAACGAAGCUUUACACUCUUUUCUUAUUUGUUGUUGGCACUGUGCAAAAGAAGUCUUUAUCUUUAAGGCCGUAUGUAAACGAUGUGCAAAAUGUCAGCGUCACAUUCUUUGUACAAAUCCACAAACUAUAGUAUUAGAAAUAACCUUGGAUUUCUUAAUUAUACGUUGCUAGAAAUGGACACACACGACAGGACUGUUGAUUCCAUUAAAGAGUCCAAGGGUUUCAAUUUUUUUUUUUUUUUUCUCCCCUCAAUGUGAACCGGAACCAUCAGCAUAGACAUAAUAGAUCACUAAGUGUGAGUUUCUAAAAGCACAACAAACUGGCUCUUGGUUCUUUUACUUGGCCUUUUUUUUUUUUUGUCUGAUGGCGCAGUAUAGAUUUAUUGCACCUUUGAAAUGUAUUUCUUUUAAGAUUCUUGUUUUGUGCCAUAAAAUUUUUACAUGUAUGAAUGCAUUUUGUUCCGAAAAAAACUGCAAGUAAACUGCUUUAGUUCUGUCUAAAUAAAAGUAACAGCAGUGGAAUUUAAGGGCAAAGGGUAGAGGGAAGUGGAGGAAGAAGCGAAUGACUGUGUUCGAGACCUCGAUGGCAGGGGAGGAGGAAGAGAAGGAGAGAAAACCGUCGGAGAGUCACAUUUCAUUGCAGCUAUGGUUUUUGUUCCCUUGGAAUUUCCUGAUUUAUAUCUUAAUGUUCCAAAGCUUUAUUAAAUCAAUAUCAUGGUUAUGUUCUAAUGAAAUA